AUUUGACCUUGUUUUAAUUUCGGGUAUUGCCAAAGCAUUUCAAACUUAUCAGUUAAAUAUUUCGCUGGAAUUUUUGAUGGCACUGAAACAUAAUUUAAGCAUAUUUUGCUAUGCUCAUGGUUUAGUGCUAUUCUACAGUUCAAACUAAGCGCAUCCAGACAUGAAAAAGUCAACUUUGCUUGUUGUUGCGCUGCUUGGCGCCUUAAGCUUGACAGCGGCUGAAAAUAACUUUGAGAGCAGCUUGGACGAGCUUCACAGGGAUCUGUACCAUGAAUUUGCCAAAGUACAUCGCAAUCAGAAUUUUGUAUUCUCACCAUUGGCCGUGCAAAUGGCGCUGGGCAUACUGCGCAGUUGUAUGGCAGAUGAGAGUGAAAGUGCCAAGGAGCUGGAUAUACGCGCCAGAUUUAGACCACGAACUGUGCAACAGAUAAAUUCCGACUUUAAUAGAUUUUUGAGCCAGAGCAUUGGUGAUGAGUCCUUAAAAAUAAUUAACAAGCUGUAUGUCAAUGAUAAAAGCAGCAAUGAGCCAUACUAUGAGCUAACACCGUCUGCAGAUUUUGUCAAAUUUGUGGCUUCGACGUCAGAUAUGAAUCGCUGGCUCAAAUCGCAAGUGGCCAACUUGGAUGGCCAAUUAAAUGCAGUGAUAUUCAAUAGUAUUAUAUACAACGCUGCUUGGACUUCGCCUUUCCAAAAGAGAAACACAGAGAAAAAUAAAUUCUAUUUGCAUGACAACGGCCACGUGCUAACGAAUAUAAUGCAACAUGAUUUAACGACGUUUGAAUAUGCUGACCUAGGAUGCCUAGGGCUGAACGCCGAGGCAGUAAAAUUGGAAUACUCUGGCUCAGAUAUCAGCAUGUUGAUUAUUUUGCCCAAAACAUACGAUGGGCUACCACAGCUUGAACAUAAACUACAAUUUACUACCAUAGCUGACAUAAAGAAUGCUUUAGAACAUCGACCAAUUCUGGUAAAUUUGCCUAAAUUUUCUAUUAAAAUCGAAGAGGAUAUGAUUCCGAUUUUGAAAAGCUUGUCUAUUCAACGCAUUUUCGAGGAUGCGCAGCUUACGCAUUUGAGGCAAGGCGCUGGCAAAGUGUGGAUUGAAAAAUUUAUACAUAACACUGCUAUUCAUGUUGAUGAAGACGGCACGAUCGCUAAUUCCACUCACGUUGGAAUAGCUCCGGGCGAAGAUGAAAUACUCAGCUUUAAUGCCAUUCAUCCUUUCUACUUUGCGAUUACAAACUCAGAGGAUGCUGUGAUGUUUGCUGGACAUGUUGUGAAUCCUUUGUUGUAAAUCAAACUAUUUAAUAAAUUAACAACAAAUUGUAGAUACAUAGAAUUUAGCAAGCAAAUAAACUUGACUUUGAACUAUAGAGCAGACAGAACGCAGUAGAUAUUACAUUA